AUGUCGUUUGGAUUUCAGUCGUUUAUGAUAAGUGCGCGUAAGAGGUUUGUACAACUUACGACGUCCCCAAAAAGGUUAUUUUUUUUAUACGGACUUUUGCUCGACUAUUAA